AAAACGGGAUAAAGAGCCGGUGAUCUCGCCGGCCGCGUAAUGGUCUGCUUCUACUGAACUGACCGAGGAAGUGCAACACUAACUGAAAGCAUGGUUUGCAAACCGAGAUUUCUUUAAGUUAGAAAUAAAACAUUUUUAAUACAAACAAAGACCAUGCUUCCAAUAACAUGCGUUUCCUUGCAAACCGCGCAGCUGAGACCCGUAUACCCGGAUGAGGAAUGGAAGCGCACAAGAGGGGGGAUCUUUGACAAAACUUGCAUAUUAUUCAACAGUUCAACAUAAAGUAGCCAAAGUCCGGUCCUUUGACCACACUGGAAAGGAGACGGAGGACGAGCCCCUCUAUGAGAUCUCGGUGCAGGAGGAGAUCACGGCUCGCCUCCACUUCAUCAAGUUUGAGAACGCCUACAUCGAGACCUGCCUGGACUUCGUCAAAGACCACCUGGUCAACACCGAGACCAAGGUCAUCAAAGCCACUGGCGGCGGCGCCCACAAAUUCAAAGACCUGCUUGAAAAGAAGCUCAAACUAAAAGUUGACAAGGAGGACGAGAUGUCCUGUCUCAUUAAAGGCUGUAACUUUGUACUCAAGAACAUCCCUCAUGAAGCGUUUGUGUACGUGAAGCAUGCAGAACCCGAGUUCCGAUUCCAGACCACGCACCCAGACAUCUUCCCUUACCUGCUCAUCAACAUCGGCUCGGGAGUCUCCAUAGUGAAGGUAGAGUCGGAAGACAAGUUUGAGCGUAUUGGUGGCAGUUCCAUUGGCGGUGGUACAUUUUGGGGUCUAGGAGCUUUACUGACUAAAACCAAGAGGUUUGAUGAACUACUGCAGCUCGCCUCCAGAGGGCAGCACACCAGUGUUGACAUGCUGGUGAAGGACAUCUAUGGGGGAGCCUACGGGAGCCUGGGACUGACCGGGGAUCUGAUAGCGAGCAGCUUCGGCAAGUCUGCCACCGCGGAUAAAGAGUUUUCCAAAGAAGAUAUGGCGAAGAGCUUACUGCACAUGAUCAGCAAUGACAUCGGCCAGCUGGCCUGUCUCUACGCUAAACUGCACAACCUGAGCCGAGUUUAUUUCGGGGGGUUCUUUAUCCGGGGACACCCCGUUACGAUGCACACAAUCACCUACAGCAUCAACUUCUUCACCAAGGGAGAAGUUCAGGCUUUGUUUCUGAGGCAUGAAGGCUAUCUGGGAGCAAUCGGAGCCUUUUUAAAGGGGGCGGAGGAGGACAAUCCUAACCAGUACAGCUGGGGGGAGAACUACGCUGGCAGCUCAGGCUUGAUGAGUGUGUCCCCGGACAUGUUCCCCAUGCAGCGCACCCGCAGUGGAACGUUUGACAUGCUGGAGAUGGAUCGUUUGGAGCGGCAGCUGGUGAACCUGCCCUUGCUGCUCGACUCCUCGUCCUACAUUCCUGACACCAUGGACCUGACUGAGGAUGCCAUGGCCCGCGAGUACUGGCUGUCCUGCUUCGAGGAGGCCCUGGACGGGGUUGUGAAACGCGCUGUCGCCAGCCAGCCUGACCUGCAGGACGCCAGGGAGCGAGCUGAGAAAUUCCGUCUCAAAUACCGACACAAGCUGCAGACGCUGAGGCAUCAGCCCUGCGCCUACGGGUCCCUGACAGUAAGAAGCUUGUUAGACACCAGAGAACACUGUCUGAAUGAGUUCAACUUUCCAGAUCCUUAUUCACAGAUUAAACAGAGAGAGAAUGACCUGGCGCUCAGGUACUUUCAGAAGGUUGUGAGGUCUGUGGAGAUGCUGAACUGGGAGGAUCGUCAGUUUGCCCUGGUGAAGGGGCUGCUAGCUGGGAAUAUGUUUGACUGGGGAGCGAAGGCCGUCUCAGACGUGCUUGAGACUGAUCCGGCGUUCGGGUUUGAUGAAGCUAAACGACAAUUACAAGAACGUCCUUGGCUGGUGGAUUCGUACAGCAAGUGGAUUGAGAGGUUAAAGGGUCCUCCUCACAAAUGUGCCUUGUUUUUCGUAGAUAAUAGUGGAAUAGACAUCAUUCUGGGAGUGUUUCCCCUUGUCAGGGAGCUUCUUUGCAGGGGCACUGAGGUUGUGUUAGCCAGUAACUCGGGGCCGGCUCUGAAUGACGUCACCUAUAACGAGCUGCAGAUCCUAACGGAGAGGAUAGCAGCAAUGGACUCAGUCAUACAUUCUGGGAUCACGAAGGAGAGGUUGAUUUUGGUUCAAAGUGGCUCCAGCUCCCCCUGUUUAGAUCUGAGCCGCCUGGAUAAAGGUUUGGCCACUCUGGUGCGGGAGAGGCACACUGACCUGGUCAUCAUCGAGGGAAUGGGCCGCGCCAUCCACACCAAUUACUACGCGGUGCUGCGCUGCGAGAGCCUCAAACUGGCCGUCAUCAAGAACUCCUGGCUGGCUGAGCGACUGGGAGGGAAGAUCUACAGCGUGGUGUUCAAAUACGAGCAGCCCUCCAAAUAACACGCGAGCACGUGACCGCGCUGGGGGGAGGGGCGAGACUUUUUAAAAAACACCACCACUUGUACUGCAACUUUAUUUUAUUUCAUAGAUCUGUCUUUUUUUUUUUGUGCAAAAUCUGGCUUCCGCAAAUUGAAAUCAGUAAUCGGCCAGCUUUAGUGAACGGAUCUCAGAAGAAUGUAGAAAUUGAUUUGGCCCGGAAUGGUACAAAAUGAUUUGCGCUCCAUCUCCUAGACUGCUGAAUACUCAACGAUCGCAGCCACUUCCUGUUCUGAAAAGGGUGUUGGGCUUGUGGUGUUGCUCUGAAUAUACUCCCACCUUCAUCGUUCCGUCCAGUGCUGGACGAAAAUGGUCCUGCUUGUAGUGUCAAACUUUAAUAUCCGUCCGCGAUGCCCCCUUGACUGUGUCUCUCUCCUUGCGGUGUUGGGAAUGAAGCUCCCAUUGCGUAGUUACUGCACUCAGUCCAGGUUGUACGUUGGAUUGGAUUGAAAGACAUCUGUUCUGAAUGUAGCAUGCACAGCGGUCCCUGGUAAAACAUGGACUGGCUCCCACCGCUGUGCAACGAGAGUCCAGUUCUUCAGUGCCUGGUAAAUGCCUCUCGGCAUUCCUGCCGUGUAACAGCACUUUUAAGUGCGAGGCAGGGCUGGGUAUGUAGCUGGGUCCCAAUGGCUAACGGUUCACCAGCUCAACAAAUUUGGAGGCGAGUCAAGGUUUUGUCUGGUACACUGAUAUGAACCGAAAUUUUUUAAUUAUUUUUUAAUACUCCACAUUUUGUCUCCAGUUACCAAAGAUGAUGCUCUUUAAGCCAAACCAGUGGAGAGUUCCCAUAGUGUGCUGAACCCAGGCAGGCAGGAAGGAGUCUUACUCGCCACUUCUCAAUGUGGCCACCAGGUGUCAGUGUUUCUGCACACAGUUGCUGCAGGUGCCUUUCACCUUUCACAAGCUGUGUGUUUGUUUGCAAGCCCUGGCUGCCUCACUGAAGGAGCACUCCCAUUUAAAGCCUGACUUCUAUUGAUUUCUCUUGUAUUAUCUACAUUUGUUCACAUUCUGACAGCACCAUUUGUUUCUGCAGGGAUUUCUAUGUUUUUUUUGUUAGUUUUCUUUCUCUAACUGACAGCUUAUUGGUGCUUGCUGUGCGUCUCAGAAAUAAGGCAGUUUGCGUUUCUGUGAAAGCCAUUAUUUUUUUUGUGAUUUAUAGGUCGGCCACUGCAUCUUUGUGUAAACGCGAGCGUCUCUUUUUUUUUUUUUUUUUACCUUUUUAGAAAGAAGAAAAACAACCAAAACUGCACUUUUUCUCAUGGACUUGAAUCGUCGCUGAAGGCCACUCUCUCGAAUCAGAUUCACGUGUUUGUUUUGGCUUCUCCAUUGAGGGCUAUUCAGAAGUAUUGAUGCAUCAGCCAGUCGCUUCGCUACGGCAACGUAUUGCGUGAUUUUUGCUGGUCUUGUGUUUUAUCAGUGCUGUUAAAUCUGGACGACUCGAACGUUUGAUUUUGUGCAGCGCUGGAAUAUCGUUUCUCCAGUGAUUAGCAGAGUCGGGUCUAAAGCCUGUACAUUACAAUAGCGUAAUAGACAGAGUUUCCCGGGGUAUGAAUGUGUCCGUCUGCCUUGAGGGGGGGGGGGGGGCACGGGAUAUAUAUUGAAACGUAUGCGUACUGUCUGUAUCUAUGUGUGUACAUAUAUGUUUGAUUCAUUUCAUUGAUCUUGAGAAAUCUUUAUUUUAAGAUACCCAGUGUUUGUGGAAAAUAUAUUAUAAUUAUUAAAUUGAAUAUUUGUUCUCUGGCAAUCACA